ACAACCUCUGCCUGGCAGAGCCUCACAGAGCCUCAAAUGCCAGCUGCUGCAGAGCUGCAACGAGGUGCUGUGGGCCAUACUGACCCUCUGCAGCAGAACACGGAUACAACUGUUAGAGUAGAGAAAGUGAACAGCAGUAAAGAGGAGGAGUCAGAGCCAAACUAUCAGAUCCCACCCCUGACCUCAGAUGGGCCACUCACCAGGAGGCCUGGAAGAAAGCCCCGAGGAUUCCUGUCUUUUAUCUCCAACAAAACUUCCACUGGCUCUGCCGGCAUUGCGAGGAUGAGCAGAUCCAUAUCUCAGAGGCCUUUGGUGAACACUGCUCGCGUAGAGAGAAGAAGAUCCUCAGCAGCAUCCAUGGGAACAGCCACAGAGACCCCUGCGAUAAAUGACACCUGUUCCAAAGUCAUGGUCGCUUCGUCCCAGGGCGUACACACACAUAAUAUUGCAUCCCCUCAAGACUCAGAAUCUCCACCCAGUGAGGUUUCCUGUGCCAAACCAAUGGUACAUAAGGCUGACGGUAAGGAACCCACGAAGGUGACAGAGUACUUCUUCAGUGAUAUCUUCACAGAAGUCGAGUACCAAGAUGGACACCAGCCGUGAGAAGACAAGAGGAUCCUGACAGAUGCUUGAGGAACAGCUUUGAACCUAAAUGUUCUUGCUCACAAAAAUGAGCCAGUUUAAAGAACCAUGUAGUCUCUGUGUUCCUAGAAAGGCUGUGUUUCGUCCUAAUCGAACCCUGACAGUCCUGGAAUUCAACCCUCAUCACAUCAUAAUACAGCCUUUUGGAAGAUAAUUUUUAAAUCUGAUUUUGUCGAGAAACCAGUUUUUGUCCUUUUCAGUUACGUGCUUUGCUUUUGGAUAUUAGGAUAAUUAGAACAGUGGGUUAUACCAUCUUUUGUGCACUUGUACAUCCAUUAGUUAUAUUACACAAUUUUUUACUUAUCAGUGUUUCUAAUAUUUAUCAAAACAUUUUCCUUUAUCAUUCAGUAUUCAUUUACAAUAAUGCUUUAAUAAAUUCUGGACAUUUUGUUGAUUUACCUUUUUAUCAGAAAAAUAAAAACUGCAAGGAAGCUGAUCAGUCUCAUACAAAAAUGGAAU